AUGGAUCAUCAACAUCAUGGAAUAACCACAGGUCAAACUAAAACCCUAGCAUCAUCAUCAUCAAUAUCAUCUUCAACUUCAAGUGGUAAUAAUGAUGAUAACAAGAAGAAGAUGUAUAGAGGUGUGAGAAAAAGGAAGUGGGGAAAAUGGGUGUCUGAAAUAAGACUACCAAAUAGCCGAGAAAGAAUAUGGUUAGGAUCAUAUGAUUCGCCUCAGAAAGCAGCAAGAGCGUUCGACGCUGCACUUUACUGUCUUCGUGGUCGCCAUGCAACUUUCAAUUUCUCUGAUUCACCUUUUCAUUUGGAAAACACUGCACUUUCUAACCAUCCACAACAGAUUCGAGAGAUUGCUGCUAACUUUGGCAACAAAAAUCCACCAAUUGUUAUCGAUAGUAAUAGUAAUAGUAACAAUAAUAAUGGAAAUAAUAUCACACAUCAAUCCAAAACUGUGACUGAAAUUAUUGGCUCUUCGACUUCUACUACUAGUACUACUGCUGUGUAUGAUAGUGGGAACACUAUUGAUUGGACAUUUUUGAACGUGUUAGAAGAUGGUUCAAGUAAUGAUGCUACUUUAGUUGGGUCUGAAAAUUAUGGUGAUUUCUAUUUUGACUUAGAAAAGAUGCAUUCGGAUGAGUUAUUAUCGUAUUACACUUCACCAGUUUUUGAGGAUAAUACUAAUCAGAAUGAAUUAGUAGAAGAUGAUGGUAAGCACCAUUCAUUCCUUUGGAGCUGGAACUUCUGA